CGGGCGGGCGGGCGCGCGGGUGGCCCCGGGCGCGGAGCAAGAACUUAGAAAGAUGUCUGUGUUCUGCACUGUGAAAGCUGAGUCCAGAGACAAUUUGAAGGAAAAUAAUUGCAGAAAACAAAUAAAGAAAAGGACCCUGGAAGAAUACUUAGAGAUUUUGAAACAAGCAGUGUGAAACAAAUCCUUCUCUUGCUCAGCUCCUGAGACUGCACAACAUGACACAUAAAGUACAUGAUGUCAGCACAACUGUGUUUGCAACUGUUACCUGUUUCAAAAUUUCUAAGAAUUAACUCUGGGGUUUUGCCAUUAUGGAACAUUAAUUCCGUUGCUGUUAUGAGAUUAUGUGUUUAUUGGAAUAGUCAGUAUUGAUUAUUUCUGUACUGCAUUGUAAUAUUUUGGAUUUGGAGCACUGUACAUAAGACAAAUAUUUAAACCUACAGUUUAAAAAGGAGAUGUUUGGGGAAGACUCAAUACCUGUUGGGCUUUUUAAUCUCUGGGUUUCCUGGUCUCCUACAGUAUGUCAGGCACUGUCACCAUGCUAGUCCCCCUGUCAGUAUUACAGUCUUAAGAGUCCUGUGCUUUCCUACUUAGAUUGAAAAGAGAUGAAAAGAUGAAAAGAAGGCGGGGUAUCCUACUGGACAUCAGUGAAGUCAUCAUAGUCCAUUGGAGCUGAUGAGAGGCAUUCCAGAGUCCUGAAGGUAUUGACUGAUUAAGUUCCCAAGCUGCUCUCCAUGAUAUUUGAAAGGUUACAGCAGUCAGUUGAUGUUCCAGGCAACUGCAAAAAGGGAAACAUAUACAUUUUUAAGAAGAGAAAAAAGACCAACCCUGGAAACUACUAACCUGUCAUCUCACCUCUAUGCCUGGAAAGAUCAUGGAACAGAUUCUCCUAGCAAUUGUUCUGAGGUGCUUGGAGAACAGGGAAGUGAUUUGGGACAACCAGCACAGCUUCACCAAGGCAUUUGAAAAUUUAGUGCCACAUCAGAAUGACUUGCAACUACAGCAGAUUUCAGAGCCUUCUGAAAUAAAAUCCAAGAUGAUAACAGAUAAAAGAGCUUGUGUGCAUGUUGCAGAGCAGCUGAGAGCUCAGAGCCUCCAAGAAGAGCAGAGAGCCCAAGACACUGAAAAGGGGGAAUGCCACAACACUGCACUUCAGCCAGGAGAUUUGGAGCCAAACAAGGUUUCUGAAAUCAGUGGAGACUGCAUGAGAGCAGACUGUGUGAGCCCUUGAUCUGAUACUUCCUCCCGAGGAGAGACAGGCAUCAUGAAACAGAGAUUCAUUUCAUCAGUUCAAAUCAUUUUGCAGCUGGCUCUGACUACAGUAGGUCUGACUGGUCAAACAUACCCUGGAAAACCUAAGAUAAUAAGAUGUCGUUCUCUAGAAAAAGAAACCUUUUCAUGUUGGUGGAAACCUGGCUCAGAUGGAGGACUUCCUAACAAUUACACCCUGUUCUACAGCAAGGACAGUGAAGAAAAAAUCUAUGAAUGUCCAGACUACCUAACAUCAGGUCCAAAUUCCUGCUACUUCGAUAAAAACCACACUAAUCCCUGGACAACAUAUAUUAUCACUGUAAUGGCAACAAAUGAGAUUGGAAGUAACAGCUCAGAUCCUCAGCAUGUGGAUAUAACUUCCAUAGUUCAGCCGGAUGCUCCUGUGAACCUCUCUCUAGAAACAAACACAUCUGCUAACAUGUCAUACCUCUGGGCAAAAUGGUCUCCACCCCCAUUAGCUGAUGCCAGUUCUAAUUUACAUGUAUAUCACUAUGAGCUACGACUAAAGCCUGAGGUAAACGAAGAGUGGGAGACAGUAUCUGUAGGAAUGCAGACACACUACGAGGUGACCAGCCUGCAAGCUGGGGUGAAAUAUGUUGUUCAGGUGCGUUGCAUGUUAGACCUUGGAGAGUGGAGUGAGUGGAGCUCAGAAAGAAGCAUUCAGAUCCCUAAAGAGCGGUUACCUCCUGAAAAGCCCACAAUAAUAAAGUGCCGCUCUCCUGAAAAAGAAACAUUUACUUGUUGGUGGAAACCUGCUUCGGAUGGAGGACUCCUGACCAAUCACACUUUGCUUUACAGCAAAGAGGGAGAAGAAAAAGUUUAUGAAUGUCCAGAUUACAAAACUGCAGGCCCCAAUUCAUGCUACUUCGAUAAAAAGCACACCUCUUUCUGGACCAUAUACAAUAUAACUGUGAGGGCAACUAAUGAAAUGGGAAGUAAUGUCUCUGAUCCUCAUUAUGUGGAUGUGACUUACAUAGUACAGCCAGAUCCUCCUGUGAAUAUAACUCUGGAAUUAAAAAAGUCAAUAAAGAGAAAACCGUACCUGGUCCUGACAUGGUCUCCACCCCCACUAGCUGAUGUCAGAUCUGGAUGGCUUACACUUGAAUAUGAAUUACGACUAAAGCCUGAAGAAGGAGAGGAAUGGGAGACUAUUUUUGUUGGACAGCAAACACAAUGUAAAAUGUUUAGUUUAAACCCUGGAAAGAGGUACAUUGUACAGAUUCACUGCAAACCAGACCACCAUGGACUGUGGAGUGAGUGGAGCCCAGAAAUGUAUAUUGAGAUCCCUACUGACUUUAGAGUAAAAGAUAUGGUUGUGUGGAUCAUCGUUGGUGUCCUAUCAUCUCUUAUAUGUUUAAUCAUGAGCUGGAUAAUGAUUAUGAAAGGGUACAGAAUGAUGGCCUUUAUCCUGCCACCAGUUCCAGGACCAAAGAUAAAAGGCAUCGAUACACAUCUGCUGGAGACAGGAAAAUCGGAAGAAUUACUGAGUGCUCUUGGUUGCCAUGGUUUCCCUCCAACAUCAGACUGUGAGGAACUACUGGUAGAAUAUCUGGAGGUAGAGGACAGUGAGGAUCAGCAACUCAUGCCAAGUCAUGACACUCCCAGUAAAAACACAAAAAUUAUUCUCAAGGAAACAGACAGUGACUCAGGCCGAGGGAGCUGUGAUAGCCCUUCUCUCCUCCCUGUGAAGAGCAGAGAAUCCCGUGGCCUUCCAUCUGCUCUUCAAACACAAGAUGUAAGAGCUAAAGAAAAGAAAGGAGGAAAAGGGAGCCGGGAAACUCAGUGUACGGCCUCAGAACAGAAAAUGCUCCCUUGUAGCAGUGAGAGUAUAAAGUCGUGCACAUGGCUGGCAGCUCAGUUACCCGGUAAUCAGGCUGCUAUGUUUGCCUACCACAGCACUGUGGAGGCUUUCAGGAUAACACUGAACACCACAAACGUGAACACUUCACCAGUUUUGGUGGGAAAUGAAGAAAAUCGUCAGUCGCUAUAUCCUAUUGCUGAAACUGUAUAUGAUGAUGAGGAAAAGAUAAGCGAGAUGGAGUACUCCAAAACUGACCAAACUACAGUGCAGGUCAGACAAAACCAACAAAAUGACAAGUCACCUUUCCUGAAUCCUAAACUAAUGGACUAUGUAGAAGUUCACAAAGUCAGACAAGAUGACGAACCAACACUAUUACUGAAACAUAAAGAAAAUAGCGGAAAGACCAAAAAAAACCCUGUUCCAGGAACCAGCAAAGAAUAUACCAAGGUCUCAACAGUUGUGGACCAUCAUAUUUUAGUAUUAUUGCCAGAUCAGCGCACCCAGAACACACCUGUAGCUCAAGAACCUGUAGCAGAAACAUCCCAGAACCCUCAGGAAAGUCAAGGUGAGAAGAGCACGGACUACAGCACGACAGCUCCAAGUGACUCCAGAGGAGACACCAGUGGAUCAGACUACAUGGACCCAUCUUCCUUUAUGCCCUCCUUUAAAUAACCUUUUAGCACAGUACAUGCUUAGUAGUUACACACAGCAAAAUAAAAUCACAUAGCAAACAGUUCUCUUAAAAAGUCUAGCCUCCAAAAGCCUUGCCUCCAAUGUGCAUUUUGCAGGUGAUAAAAUAAUCUGUGAGUUGAGGUAACAGUCAUGGGCGUAAAUCCUGGAUCAUUAACACACAUUUCCGACACAGUGAAAUGAGGAAAUGGAUCUUGUCUGUCAUGAAAAAUGCACUGUAAAAUAAUUAUUCAGUUCUGCAAAACUUCUGUUGAUUGAUGAAGCCUGAGGAAAUACCACAGAUUCAACAAAGAUGAAAGUUGUUAUGGGUCAGUCAGCAAACCAUAGUGAUCUGAGCAGUUCCUACAUUACAUAAAUCAUUGCACAACAGUAUUCUUACCUAAAAUGUGUUUUCUUCUGAAUGCAUUGUGACACUAGAUUGUCUUUGUCUUUUCUCAGUUCUUCAGAAAAAGGAGCUCUUAUACAUGACAAAUCAUAUAUAAAAGAGAAUGUAUUCUACACAUUGCAGUAAAAUAAUAUAUUCUUCUAAAUAUAUUUUUGCUUUGUUUCAAUGUGACAGAAAACUGCAUCCCAUUCAUAUCCUAGUCCAGACAAACCAAAAUGAAAGAGAAAGCAGGAUAAUAUAUGAUAUACUGCCUUACUGUACAUAAUAUACAAUUUUAAUAUAAGCCCAUAUGUUUAACAAUCUAUUUUUAAAGACUAUUUUUCUAUUACCAAAAAAAAGCAAAAUAAAAUAUUUUUUAAUUUCCCAAUGCUAUUUAGCUACCUAGGAACUUUUCUCUUUCAUUCUGCUGAGGCAGUAACAAGUAAAGCUAUAAUUUCUAUACAAAACAUAAAAUUAAACUUUAUACAAUUAAGAAUAUGGAGACAUUUUUAAACUAUAUUUCUAAUAUAUUACAGAUAUAUUACUAUUUGAAUUGUAAAUUAUUUGUUUCACAGGUUUUUUAUUACCUGUAAUUAUAUAAUUAAAAUAGAAUUUCAGUUUCAAGAACCGAGGUUCUUUCCCGUUGAAUUUGUACUCUGACAUCAGUUGUAAAUGAAAUGGGGUUCUCCUGUAUCCUGCACUUUUCUCUGAGCCUGGAAGGAAAGUUAAAAGUCAGAUUUUUCAUAAUGAAUUUAUGAAUAUUGGUUUUGGAACCCUCAGACCUCCAUUGAAAAAGGAGUGGGAAUGAGGAAACGAGUUCAUGUACUUGGGCUGGUCCCAGAAAAGCAGUGGGAACAGUAAGGAUCCAUUAUACCCAACAGUAACUGAAGACAAAAACAAAGACAAAAAACCAAAACCUUCAAAGUUGCUGUCGUCCUUGCUUCUUGAAACAAAAGUUUAAUUUACUCCAGAAAAGUAUGACUUAUGAUGGCUGAUUAAAAGUAGGCCAAAUAUUUAGCUGGCAUCUCUAGCUUCAAGGGAAACUGGAAACUUAAGGUGAGGGAAUGAUCCUGAACCUGAGAAGGAGAGUGUAUUUGAUAGAUUGACUCUUUUGUUAGUCUCUUUCCUCAACAGCUUUACUUUUCUCUGUGUUCUUAUGAUUUUAUGCACUGAACGAGCCUUCCUGUGCUAUCAGCCCUGCUGCAGAGCCAGCCAAAAGAGAAUUUCAGAUUUUGAAGGUCCCAGAAGGCCACAUCUGAUUUGGAGAAUCAGAGUCUCACCCUUUACCUUCAAAGCCAUGGAACUGCUCAAGCACAGAUUAGUAGAACUGCCUAACCUUUGCACCGGCAGGACAUUAGAACUUAACUAAUUAUCUAUGUGUCUGUAAACAUACCUGCUAGUGUAGACUGUAGCAUUAGGGUGGCAUUAGAUUUAGAGCCUGUCCUCUAUACAGGCAACUGCCCAUUUUCAGGGGCUGAUCAGAACACUGUGGAUGCUCUGCUGAAGAUGUGGGAAGGUAUAUUAGAUUCCUAAUUCAACCAUUUAUUUAACAUGUGAAGACAUGAAGGGGCUACUACAACUAUCAGCCAAACAUAAAACUCUACUCAGUUAUAGUUAACAGAAUAAUUUUACUAUAGAUACUCUGUUUGUAGUAUGCCUUCUAGAGAUGCUAGAAGUACUGGAAAGAAGCUCUUGAGUUAUGAGGAAACCUCUGUGUGUGUAAGUGUGUAAGCUGGUAACACACUGUGUCUGGCAGUGUUUUAUUUACCCUUCAGUUUUCUGACUGAAUCUGACAAGCUAAUACAAUCAGACACAUUAUUCUUUCUUUAUACAGAUAGCUCUAUGUGUGUUGUUUCCUGCACCUGAUGAUGUGUGUAAAGAUAUACUGCUACAGGCCUUCUGGGAUGUAUCUAGUGGUGCACAGGAGCUGUAGCAUCUCAUGAAACCUAGAGCCUAAAGAUGUUCCUUACAGAGUAGAUUUCUUAGGUUAGAACAGAGAUGCCUACCCAGAUGUACGACAGCAACAAGCUGUUCCCGCCCUAUUUUUUUACCUGAAGUUGCUUUUCACCUGCAGCAAACAGACACAACAGUUACCAGAUUUUAAGUGUAUGAUUCAUCCUGCCUAACUGUAGGCAUGCGUGCCUCCAAUAAUUCACAGAGAGAGUCAAGGACUUUCUCUACUUUGUCAUAGAUGAAACUGAAACUGCAAAAUAGUUGUAGCCUAAAUUAUCUGUGGGUGUUGAGCAUCUCCCAUUUUUACUGAUUAAUGUCUCAAAAUGCCAAAUCAUUAUGGCUCUCUGUGAAGAGAGCCACAGUGGAAAAGGGGCAUUUGCUUGUUGCUUUGAAGUUUUUGGGGAUUUGCUAGCUAAAUGUGAUUUGAACACAUUUUCAUAAAUAUAUGUAGUUCUUGAAGAUGAACAAAUAUGCAGAUAGAUUAAUUUUCCCUUGCAUUUGCUUGUAUUUUCCAAAACAGCUUCUUGGCCCAGUGGCAGAGCUUCUGAAAGUGACCUUAAACAUCUGAAAGUACAUUGAAAAAAAAAAAUUUGUGUUCUGUAAAAUGAAAAUAACCUUCAGCUAAGUGUUUGUUCCUUUUGAAUGUUCAAACACUUAUUUUUUUCUGUUUGCAACAGUAUUUUUGCUUGCAAUUCUUUAAGCUUUUCAUUAGGAAGUACAUGAGUUUUUUCAGCAGUUCUACAGAGUCAAUUAGUGUAAAAUUAUGACAAACCAAGGGGGAAAAACAGACUCUUGAGACCUCCAGAGGGAUGAACAGAAUUUACCCCAGGAAAAGGGAUCAGCCCUCUAGCACCAUUAGUCAAAUUUCUCACUUGGAAUAAUUAUUUCAAGAAUGAGAAUGAUAUUUUCAAUGUCAAAAUUAUCCGUGUGUCAUUUGUAGUGUGAAUUACUUUGUAAUAGCAUAAAAACCCUAAAAGCUAACAUAAAGACUCUUCUACAUAAUUAGUUUUACAAAAUUCCUAAAAUUUAAUUUUAUUUAAUUACCUUUCCUUCUGACUCAGACUAAUUUUACUGACCUUUUUUCUUCAGUAUUGGCUAAUAUGAUUCAUUAUCAUAAAUUUUUUUCCUAUUUUUUUUAGCACAGACAUGUUUGAUGUACAAUUUUAGUAUUCUAUGUAAUAUUUCAGACUUUAGAAGAAAUACAAACUAAUGAAUUGGCACGUGCUCACAAAGCUCAGUAUCACAUAUGAUGAGGACUUUGAGUUUGAUCUUUAUGAUACUAUGUAACUACAAAGAUUAUUGAAUCAAAAUGCAGUGAAUUAACCUGAUAUAUUAGUAAGAGGAAAUAUGUAUUUAUGGAACAAACUUUAAAACAAAUAUGUAAUGAUGAGUUAUGUCAAAACCGUGAAUUUUGUAGUAUAUCUGUGUGUCUAUGUUUAAAUGGCUGAAAAAUAGCUGCUUUAAAUGUCAUUCAAGUAUCCAAAGUAUAUUAGCAGCAGGUGUUAAAAAUGAGUAAGCAGAAUUUUUUUGUGCUCUCUGAAGCAUUGUAUAUGUGGGGUUUACAUCAUGAAGCCUGUAAGUAUAUUUUGUAAUUUCAUGGUAACUAUAAACCAUUUGAAGGUGUUGUGAAAGGAAACUGAAGGCAUGUAAGCUGGUUGAUAGACAUCAGACAUCUUCUACAAAGCCAUAAUGACAAAUGAAGUGAAAAAAGUGUCAUGAGAUCAGGCAUCACAUUCUCAAAUAAUUGCUACCUCAGGUAUUUUUUUCUCCCUUUAAAAGGCAAGCAGUAAAAGCAUUCUGUAAAUUUGUGGCAUAUUCUAUGAAGAAUUUAAAAAUCUUAUUUGUAAAUUCAAAUCAUUUUUGUUAACAAAGACCUUGUCAUGGAAUCAUGACUUGUGUUGCAGUGGUAGUAUGAGGAUGGAAUAUUUGAGAUGCGUAGUAAAAUUAAAUAUUUUUAAUAUGGAUUUAAAAAAAAAAAAAAGCAAAAAUACUAAAAAAAAUUUCCAUUUUGAAGGAAUAUCUUUGGUGCCCAGAUUGGCAGUCAAGCAUCAGUCCCAUUACUGACCUGAAACAUUUUUUGGCACUAUUUGUAUUCCCAGGUCACUAGGACUGAUUGAGCCAAUUUUCCAGAAGGAUUCUCAUUCUGGAUCUCAGCUAUGGAACUGUAUUUAUCAAUACUUGUUACUUAGAAUUACCUGUUUUCAACUGAGUUCUUAGGAAGCAAACUUUCAAUUCUGUAUCUAAAUAAGCGAAAAUGGAAAGCCCUGCUCUCAGCUUUCUCAAACUGUCAUGCUAAAAUGAGGCUCCAGUUCCUGUGGGUGUGGAAAGAUGGACUGAAUUAUAAUAAUUUGAAUAACCUCGUGGCCCAGCUUUGAAAACCAUUUUGAAACAAAUCAGGGAUUUUCUUCGUUUUUCUGGUGUAAAGCAGAAAAAUAAAGAUAAAUGGAUGCCUAAAUACACACUACAUGGGGAUAUAAAGAACUUAAGUAUCAUAGAAGCAUAGAACAGUUUGGCUUGGGAAAGACCUGCAAGGUCAUAGAGCCCAAAUAUUAACCUAGCCCUGCCAAGUCCACCACUAAGUGACAGAAGAGGGACAAGGUUGCUGCCUGUGACAGAACAGAAAAGGAGUACAGUGACUAUGGGAUGGUACAUGGUAGAUGAUGAGGGAAAAAAUUCAUUUUGACUACAGCUGAGAAGUGGCGGGGAAGAAGAGAAGAUGGAAGGAAAAUAAUCAAAUGUGAGAAUAGACGUUAAAAAAUAAACACUAGCAGAACUGAGAGGAGUGAUAAAUGAGUUAGUGAAGGGGAAAAAAGGAAGAGAAGAAAAUACUUUUAUAUCAAAAGUGGGAAUGUGCAGUUACCUGAAAUAGUCCACAAAAGCAGUAAAGCCUUAUGAAAUGCUAAAGAGUUGGCAAAAUGCUGAAAUCAGCUACUGUGGAUCAGCUGUUACAUAUGAGCAGAAAAAGUCCUAUACAUGAGAAGUGGUCAUUCAUUUUCUAUCACUUACAGGAUUUUUCUUUCCCAUAUCUGACAUUGGUCCUGGGCAAAAACAAAACUUGAAGAGUCAGGCUCUGAUCUGACAUGGUAUUUCCUACAUUCCUAAGGGGAAAAAUUAAAAGAAAUAAAGUGCACCACACUACUUUUAUAAACAAUCUUCCAUUUUUCACACAGAUACACAGGUGAGACUUAUUUAUCCAUUUACAUUGUCCUACACAUAUGCCUACCAUUCUUAAGCAUAGUUUUGUUUUUAUUUAGUAUACGUAAUACAAUGACCUAAAAGCUCCAAGAGAAAAAAUACUUUGGGGAUAUUUCUAAGCAGUCUCUUGGUAUUUCUGGGCAUUGUUUCAGUUUGUACCUGUGACAAUGUAUCUGUUAAUACUUUCCUUAGUCGGAAAAUCUCUAACUUGGUAAUAAGUUCUGAAAAUUACCAAGUUAGGUUUAAAAUACAUCUCUUCAAUGUUACAUUUUUAAGAGGUACUAUUAUAUCUGUUGGAAGUACUAAAGAAAAAUAUCUGUAUUUGUUGCGUGGCCUCGUAGAGUGCUGAUAUGCUAAAAGCUGAUCUUAUACUCAAGAUGUUGGUGCAUAGAACAGUUAGAUAUUAAAAAGUCUUUUUAUAUAUAUUCCUCUUUUUGGAAGGUUUAUUGUCCUUUUCUACUCGAUGAGGCUGCUUGUCUUGGAUCUUGACAUUAUUUAACUAUUUUUUUAACAAUGCUACUUUUGGAUCUAUUUUUGUGGGCUGCUGAGUACUUUCACCUCAUUUUGACAACAAUAAACAUUGAAAGAUUUCAUUUCAGUUCCUGCUAUUGUUAGUUUUAGAGACUUGUAACACUGAGUAGAACUUUUUGAGGAUGCUGAAAAUCAUUGUACAAGUCUCUUGUAGAAAAUACCCCCUCAGUAGGGUGGAAACUAUACAUGUCUAGAAAAAGGCAGAUUUUUCUAGAGGCAGAACUAUAAUGAUGUCAUAUCAUAUUUUUUAAUAUUCAUAAUGAUGUAGACUACUCUUCAUUCUCAUCCCUUUGGCUUUAAUUCCAAAGGGGAGAGGAAACUACUGCUCAGCUGUAUUUACAGAGAGCUCCUGGGCUGCUUUAGUGUUGUCUGUUUUUCAUUUUGGAAAGUAAUUUUUUUUAUUCUGACUACAGAAACAGUUCAUCUGAUAUAAUACAACCAUCAGUUUUUAUAUGUGUGUAAUAUUGCUCAGAGAUACUCAGCACUAUCUUGGCUUCUGAAAUAUUUUUGUUGUUUUUGUGUAUGUUUUAGUCAUUGUGUGAGAUAUAGCAAUACUGAGAACACUAUUAUGAAAAAGUAUGGCCCAGAAAAAAACAUGUUAGCAGUCAUUAACUAAUUUUAUUUGAUCAAAAUUCUGAUGUGCUGUUAAGUGAGGGUAAAAGUCUCUGGAACUCCCUUGUCUUUAAUUGUGCCAGCAGUCUCUCAAAGAAACAAAAAUUUCACCCUCUGAGUAAUAUCCAGAAUAAACAGUAUAUUUUCAGCUGAGAAAGAGAUGACCCAAUAUUUAGAGCAAACUUACAUUCCAUUUGCAUAAACCAUUUCAUUGGUAGAUUUGCGAUACAAGCUAGGCAUUUUAUCCACUACACUUUCAGAAUUUGUAUUCAAUGUGGAACAUGAGAGGUUAUUGCACUGUCAUUACUGUAGCAACAGAAUGACUUUAAGCACAAAUAUUCUAUGAACCAGAUCCAAAUUCUUUUUGUAAAUUUCUAAAAUCCAAGAAAUUGUAAGAAUUAGAUUUCAUAUGUUGUAUGUACAUUGUUUGGAGAAUACUGGUAUAAAAGUAGUUGCUCAGGAAUUACUCAUUGUUUCUAAGUGUAUCUAAAGGAAAAUGCUUUCAAAUACAUUUUUUAAGUUCUUGAUAUUGAAAAUGCUGGCUUUACUAAAAUCCAUUAGUGUUUUCACUUGUAAGAUCAAUAUUGUUAUGAAGUCUGUAGCUUUCUGAUGAAUUAUUUGAUCUUUUGUCAUUGUAAAAUCUCUUUGCAAUGGUGUUUGCAUUUCAGUUCAAUAAAAGUUCAUGAAUAAAAUU